AUGGCUUCCGAUCCACGUCAACAAGCACUAGAUUUGCUAUCGGGUUAUUCUACCCCGUCGAACCUACUUCCCGAAGGCUACAAAGAAAGCUUCGACAAGAUCUGGUAUCAGGAAUACGUCCAGUAUCGAGAAACUGUCAAGCCAAAGCUCGGAACUAAUGGGCCCUCAUACGACUCGGCUUCUGGUACGUACAUGUCAAGAGGAAGGUCCUCUCCUCAACUAGACGACCUUGCACAUGGAACUUCAGCAAAUAUUACAAAGUGUGAUGAAAGUCUCGAAGAUACCGCGGAUGCCUUGAUCUUUGUCAGCGCUGGCGUCAAGUCGCAAGAUUUUGUCUUCGAUGGCUUCUCGAGCCACGAUCCAGGAGUAGAGCAAGCUCGAUUGACUCCAGCGAUGGAAGAGCUUGAUCUAAUCAUAGAAGAAGACAAAGCCCGAACACAUCAACAGGUACUGGAUCAACAGAUACGGGAUCAACAGCACGUGUCAGAAGAACGACUUCGCGAAACUGAAGCACGCGUUCAAGACAUCGCAGCAGAGGAAAGAGCUAGGAGGACAAAAGAGGGCACCCACGUCAAAGGACGCCGUCGAGGUCUUCCACUACUUCUCGAAGCCCACGGAGGAUUGCAAGAGGUUAUGACCUGCUACGACACUGGAACGCAUGAUAACCACAUGUCUCGUGCCAAAGCAACAGAGCUGGGGUAUACCAUCGAUCUGAGCUCCGAUAUGGAGUCAGGCUUUCAGCUCCCGAAUGGCAAGAUCAUCAAGGCCGUGGGUCAUGUAGUUGUGGCGGUUCAGUUCGCUAGAAAGGUAGGCUCCGAAGCAGCUUCUAUGACCUGCCGUUUCAACGUGUUCGAACGCUUGGCCCUGCCAGUGCUCAUCGGCAUGACCUUCCUUCAGGCCACAGAGACCAUCACCAGAUACACAUCGCGCAUGGUAGAUCUUCCGACGACGUGGAAGCGCUCUCUGUAUUUGGGGCGGGAAACAGUGGCAACUGCAGACACUGGGUCCAAUGUCGCCUUGGUCAGUGGCGAGUAUGCUACGAAACAUCAACUUGAGUUCGAAUACGGUUGCGAAGAGCUUAUGUUGGCCGACGGAUCACUGGAGUACACAAGGGCCUACGCAGACGUGACAAUCGGUGUAUACAAAUCGAAAAUUUCUAUGGCCAACACAAGACUCCUCCCUCCUCGAAAGUACAUGACACACUGGAAAACCAAGAGGGUCCGAUUUUACAUUUUGGAAAGUCUGCAGUUUGACGUAAUUCUGGAUGAGGCGACCGUUGAUGACCUGAGCAUCUUUGAGCAUGGCCUUGCCACGAUAAUGUCUGCCGCCUCUAGUACAGUACCCAGCUUGUCUCCCGUCAUUCACCUACGAUCAGUCGAAGCCUCUAUUGCACAGGCAAGCGUCACGCUGCGUGAGAAAACGAAAGCUGCUGCAUCCAGUAUCGUACCCAGAUUAUCUCCCAUCAUUCACCUACAAUCAGUUGAAGCACCUCUUACACCGGCAAGUGACGACGCGCUACAUGGGAAAACAAAAGCGAGACGCGGACCGGUGUCCUGGCUGAAACGUUUGUUUCUCUCCAUGCGAAAAUCUCCGCGUACCACGGCUACUCCUGUAAGCCCAACGAGCCUAACCGAUGCUGCUUCCCAGAUCCGCGCCAAGGAACUACCUCGCCUGAUCAUCGAACUAGAUCAGGCGGAAAAUCGCCGGCUUGAUCAGAUAGAAAGAAGAGGAGCAUCGGCUGCAGACGACAUAGACAAGCAACGGUACACAGAUGAACGUGAGAAGCUUAUUCUGGAAAUACGAGGCUUGAGAGGGACAUCAUCUCCUUUGAGCAGCUCACAAUCCGUAUAUUACGGCCGUGGAAUCUGA